UCCAAACCCAAAUAAAGAAACACACCAUAGAAGUCUUAGAAGCAGAAGAGAUCGACCGCUAAAAAGCUCCGAUCAGUGACUUGUUCUUCUCCGCUUCUUGUCGUUUGCUGUUGAGAUCGAUGGCUAGUACUAUGAGGAACAUCCAUGGUAAGAGAUCUAACUUCCAAUCUGAGUUUCCUGGAAAUGGAGGAAGUAAGAGAAGAAAUCUUCAUGAUGAUGAUACAGAUCACAACGUUAUCGGCUCUGAAGACACUGUCUAUCGUUACCUCUGCCCUGUGAAAAAGACUGGGAGCAUUAUCGGCAAAGGCGGUGAGAUCGCGAAGCAGAUAAGGUCCGAGACAAAAGCAAACAUGAGGAUCAACGAAGCUUUGCCCGGUUGUGAGGAGCGUGUUGUUACUAUUUAUUCUACUAGUGAUGAGUUGAAUCAUUUUGGUGACGAUGGAGAGCUUGUUUGUCCUGCUUUGGAUGCUCUUUUCAAAGUUCAUGACAUGAUUGCAACGGAAAGUAAUGACAAUGAUGAUGGUGAUGAUGAUGAGGAUCUUGUCGGAAAACAAACGGUUACUGUGAGGAUGCUUGUGCCUUCGGACCAAAUAGGUUGCGUUAUUGGGAAAGGUGGACAAGUUAUCCAGAAGCUGCGUACCGAGACCAAUGCUCAGAUUCGUGUUAUUAAAGAUAACUUACCUCCUUGUGCUUUGACUUUGAGUCAUGAUGAGCUUCUUCAGAUUAUUGGAGAGCCUCUGAUUGUUAGAGAGGCUCUUUAUCAAGUUGCUUCAUUGCUUCAUGAUAAUCCGUCACGGUUUCAGCACUCUCUCUUGUCAUCUCCAAGUACAAUGUAUCAACCCGGUGGGAUGCUGAUGGGUGCAGCACCAUUAAUGAGCUCUCACAGAAACUACACUGCACGUAGAGACUUAGCCGAUGCGACGGAGUUUUGUGUUUGUUUCAUCUGUCCAGCUGAAAAUGUUGGAGGUGUAAUAGGGAAAGGUGGUGGUUUCAUUAAUCAGAUUAGGCAAGAAACUGGUGCAAACAUUAGAGUUAAUACAUCAGAAUCUGAAGAAGAUGAUAGCAUCAUUUUCAUUUCAUCAAAAGAGUUCUAUGAAGAUCAAUCACCAACGGUGAAUGCAGCCAUACGUUUACAAGAGCGAUGUAGUGAGAAAGUUGGUAAAGAUACAAAUGAUUCAACAAUCUCUACUCGUUUACUCGUGUCGAGUUCCCAUAUAGGGUGUCUCAUUGGGAAAGGUGGUGCUGUUAUAUCCGAGAUGAGGAGUGUAACACGAGCUAAUAUUCGUAUUCUUCAAAAGGAAAAUGUACCGAAAAUUGCACGUGAAGAUGAGGAGAUGGUUCAGAUUACUGGAAAUCCUGAUGCAGCUAUGAAAGCUCUUACGCAAGUAAUCUUGAGAUUAAGAGCUAACGCUUUCGACAUGAAUCAUGGACUUGUCUUGCUACCAACAUCUUUCCCUUAUAUCUCUCAAGUAUCUGAAUCUUCAAACAGGUCCAAAUACGCAAAGCGUGAUGGUUCCAAAGAUCAUGACUAUAGUAAACUGAAUUCGAAUUCCAAGAGAAGAAACCGUGUUUCUUAAAGCGAGAAAAGCUCAUAUUACAAAGGUACUGGUUUCCUGCCAAAAAACGAAGGUUCAGGAACUUAGAGCAUGCCCAUUAGAGUAUCAAGGCAGGUUCAUGGGCUCAGAUUCCUAGGCCCGAGAUUUAAAAUUUAAAGAAAAAAUGGGUUAAUUUCGACGAUCCGGUUCGUGGGAACGAACCCGUGUGAGACGGGUUCACGCCACGUGUUUACCGCUGAUAGGUUGUAUUUUUUUUUGUUGACCUUCGCGAAAGACGGGUCUCGGGCAAAAACUCUCAUUUUCUCUCCUCUCUACGCGUUUUCUCUCCUCGAGGCGAUAUCGGCGAUUUUUCUUGCGACGGUGAAUCCGACGGCGAAUCCGGAGCCAUCUACCAAAUCGACGACGGAAGAUCUCCUCACAUAGCUCCGAUGGAUCCAGAAGAGAGAAGAGAUAUGAAGAGGCACAAGGAGUACUACGACAGGGUUGGUUUCGUGGCAGAUUCACAGUUUGGGAUUCCGGCGAGGUGUCCCUGUGGUUCGACAAUCGUUGAUGAGCUUUGCGGGAACAAGGAGUAUGACAGUCUUCCUGGCAAGCGUUUCUUCACGUGCAGUAACUACGAGGAUGAUGGGUUGCAUUAUCGUCAUCCUUGGGUGUUUGGUGUCCAGGAGGAGCUGGAAAGGUUGAGUAAGCGAGUGAAUGACGCUGAGAAAGUGAUCACCGAAAUGGCCAGUCUCCAUAAACAGAUUUCAACACUGGAGG